CGCCCGCCUGCCAGCCGCCAUCUUAGCUCCGUGCCGCCAGGCUGGCGCGGCCGUUGCUGUGUCGGAGCGAUUCUCUCGCGAGGAAGGGCGCCAUUAUCGGAUUUUAACAAGCAAGAAACGAGAACUGAACGAUUGCAGUGGAUUUUGGUGUUGAUAGAUGCUGGAUGAUACCUAGAUGAUGUCAGAACACGAUUUGACAGAUGUGGUUCAAAUUGCUGUUGAUUUGACAGAAGAUCAAGCAGAAGUUUUGGAGAAUCAUCAGCCUGAGGAUGGAUCUGCACAACCAGCUCUUAAACGUCCACGUGUAGAAAUUUCAAAUGGGCAGCCAAUCCAAGAUGCCACAAUAAAGUCCAUUCUCUUUGACAUUAAUCAGGCCAUUUGUUUGCGUCUUGAUAGUAUUGAAGCUAAAAUUCAGGCUGUUGAAGCAACUUGUAAAGCUAUUGAAGAAAAGAUAGAUUUGGCUCUUAAUAAACAGAAUAGUCCUAUCCAGGUUCCGAUGGUGGCAGGGUCACCUCUGGGGGCAACACAGACAUGGAACAAAGUACGCAGCACUGUACCACAGACUACCGUAAUAUUAAAUAGUGAUCGUCAGAACCCAAUUGCUUCCAAGAUUUCUGGACAGGAAGAAGCUAUACCCCGAGGAACAGACACUCUUGAUAAUAUUCUCAGCAAUUCUAUGCCAGGGAGGAGACAGAACACAAUAAUUGUGAAGGUUCCUGGCCAUGAAGAUAGCCAUCAGGAAGAUGUUGAAAGUGGAUCUGAAACAAGUGAUACUGUUUCUAAUAGUGGUCAAUCAGGAGGUCAGAAUUUGGCACCAAAUGUCACGCUCAUCACAUUGAACUCUGAAGAGGAUUACCCUAACGGAACCUGGUUAGGUGAUGAGAAUAAUCCUGAGAUGCGAGUCAGAUCUCCUAUUACUCCUGCUGAUAUGCUACAUGUUGCAACAAAUUGCAGAACAGCUGAAAAAAUGGCAUUGACACUUUUGGAUUACCUUUUCCAUCGAGAGGUACAAGCUGUAUCCAAUCUCUCAGGGCAAGGAAAACAUGGCAAAAAGCAGCUGGAUCCUCUAAUGAUCUACGGAAUUAGAUGUCAUCUUUUCCAUAAAUUUGGAAUCACUGAAUCGGACUGGUACAGAAUAAAACAGAGCAUAGACUCUAAAUGCCGAACAGCAUGGCGCAGAAACAGCGUACAAAGCUUGGCAGUAAAAGGUUUUGCCCGGAGGACGCCUUCAUCUUCGGUUAUGAGUGGAGCAGGGGGAAUGCAAGGAUCAGUGCCAACAUCAGGAGACUUACAGCAAAACCCAGCCCAAACAUUGCACUAUGCAUUGGCAAAUGCUCAGCAAGUUCAUAUCCAUCGCAUUGGAGAGGAUGGACAGGUUCAACAAGUAGGACACCUGCAUAUCGCUCAGGUACCACAGGGAGAACAAGUACAAAUCACUCAGGAUAGUGAGGGCAAUCUUCAAAUACAUCAGGUCCAUGUUAGUCAAGAUGGCCAGCAAACCUGCCAGCCAUGGAACCAGUUGAAUGAAUCUUCACUGCACUCCCUCAAUGUGUUGCAAGGUGCACAGUUAAUUGCAGUAGCUUCUGCUGAACACCCAACCAGUGGAGUAGAUGGAUCACCACUCCAGGGAAGUGACAUCCAGGUACAAUAUGUACAGCUUGCACCAGUAACAGAUCAUACCACAGCAGCUCAAGGAACGGAAGCUCUUGCAGCCACAAUUCAACCUGAAAUGCAAAUUGAACAUGGAGCGAUCCAAAUUCAACAAGGAGAGAAUGGAGAAGUUGUUCAAAUCCAGAUGCCAGUUAAUACUGUCAGCAGUUAAAAAUAAACAAGCAGAACUAUAACAGAGAGAAAGAAAAAGUGUUUAAAAAAAACAACAGCCAAUCAGCAGAUUACAGCCAAACCCGAAGCCCCUCACAUGUCAAAAGAAUAAAGCAUUUAUAUGCCCUGUUGAGAAGAGUAAAAACAUUUUGAAUCAUUUGAAGAAUUUGUUUUCUGUAAGAAAUUACAUCUAACUGUUUUGGACAUUGGGAUCAACUGUUAACCAUGUACAAAACAAUGAAGGUUCUUGUAUCUGGACAAUACCAUGUUAGCUUUUACUACUCUGUGUUUUCAAGGAGUCUGGUACAACUAUAGUUUUGUCUUCACUGCUACUGAACUUUUCAGUCUGAAGUACUGAAUUGCACAGAUGCUUUGAAUUUUUGAAGAAAUAUUUAUGAAUUGUAUACAUUAUAUCCAGAAUUCAGGGAAUUUAUUUUGUUGUUAUUAUUUAGUUGCAUACACUUACGGGCAGAACCAGAUAAAGUUUUUGUAACUAAUUUUGUUCAGAAAAUAUGGCAGUUAAUUGAGGAAGUUCAUUUCAAUUAUUAUGAACAAGAAUAGCAAUGUAUAGCCAGUUCUCUCUGCCUUAAGUGAAAAACAUUUUACUGCUUAGUUUAGGUGUAGCAGAAAUGUGUUACUUUCAGCCUAUAUCAUUAAGAAAACCGCAGAUACUGUUUUUGCACUACUCUGCAGUCUGACUUAAUGACUGUUGUGCUGUUGAAACAUUCAUGUAAAGAACCAAUUAAAUCAAUGGAAACACAGUCCACAGCUCUUGACUUUGUGGAAACAUUGUUAGUUUCUGUUACAAUAAUUUUUUUUGGCUUUAUGUCUGGUUGACCAUGCAGAGAAGAACAUACUGUUCCAUAAAAAUAUUUAUUUUCCUGAGUAUUCCAAAUGUAUAAUUUUCAGUAUCUGCAAUAUGGUAUUGCACUUAAGUUAGAGCUCUUUAAACUUAGAUCUUUUUAUUUAAAUUAGCAGUUAAAUCUUUUUUUUAAAUUAGCAUUCAAAGAUGAAUAGUUUGUUAGUGCAUAACUUACUUGAUAUUAAAGAAUGUGAUAGCAUCAGAUAGAGAAGGAUCAGACUUCAG